AGUCGCGCCGGCCGGGGGAGCGUGGCCGCCGGGGGCCCACCCACGCGUCGCCGUCGCCGCGGUGCCCCGCGCUGCGCACGCCAGUCGGUCCGGGGGCCGGAGCACGCGGCGCUCGGCCAGCCAGUGCGGCCGCUGUGAUUGGACUGUGAGCGGGACGUCUGCUGCUCAGCGGGUGUCGCUGCGGUGAGGCGGAGAGUACCGGCGCGGUACGACCCAGUGUCGCAGCUGCUCGAGUGACGCCCGGAGCCGGCGUGACGCGCUCCGAGUGACGAUCCGUCACCGGGUGGCCUUUGGCGUACUCCCGACUACUGCACCUGAGCCGACGAGCUGUGUAUGUGUGUCAGUAGGAUGCCGAGCGGUGACUGGUAGGCUCAGUUUCCAGCCGGAGUGACUUGCUCCCCGGUCCCGGAUGAGUCGCUGGAUGGCUCCGUCCGCAGUGAUUGUUGACGGCCGCCCGAUGAGCCGUCUCGGCAGUGCUCGGACUAGUGAAGUGCGCGUGUUCCCUCCGCGCCCGCUGUGCUCUCUGCCAGCCCGUGGCGCUGCUAACCUCUGACUGAAGUGCCGGGCCGAAGUGGGCGGCCAUCAUUGAGGUCAAAAUGAUCGUGAGCGUUAAGUCGCAAAUUGGAACAAAUUUGCUGGCGGCCGACUAACAAGAAGUGCACUGGGCCGCGGGGAGGCCGGGACGGCCGGUGCCGAGUCGCCCCCGAGAGGCGGCCUCGGCGGGACGAGUAGGCUGCUCUGAGUUCACUGGGCGUCAGUGUGCACUGCGCCUGGCUCAGUGAGUGGGAGUGCGAGCUAUUGUUAGCUCAGUGAACAGCGCUAAGCUUCCCAAGCUUAGUGAGGGGUGGUGUGAGUUGUCCCGGGCUCAGUGAGCGACUGUGAGUUCAGUGAGAGGCAGUGUGAGCUACUCUGCUCAGUGGCAGCGUACCGCGGAUCGGACUGCAGCGGGCGGCAUUUGCAGUGCGCGUGCUGUGGCGUAAGUGCUCGUGAAUCGUGUUCGAACCAACGGACGGCAGCUCAGGCUGGCAGAGGUCUGGCUGAACGCUAGUGAUUGGGUCCAUCCGCCCUCUGCUCAACAAGCAAGUCCGAGCACUCGGCUAGUAAGCGGCGGGUGGUCACGGCACGGCACCAUUCAGCCUACUAGGGAGCACGUCUCCAUUCAGUCUCCUCGGUGGCCAUCCCGGGCGUCCGGCGACUGUCCAGUGACUGUCCUGUCACUCCCCGGCGACUGUCCGGCGGCCGGAUGGGUGCCAUGGAGGCGCGCAUGAAGCUCGGCUGGCGCUCGCUGCUGCCGUGGCCGUCAGCUCGACACGCCGACACGGCGCCGGCCUGGAGCGAGCCGCCGGCCGCGCGCGCCCGGCCCGUGCCCACCUACGUGCUGCGCAGAUGGUUUCACCCCAACAUCACCGGGCUGGAAGCAGAGAGGAUGCUGAAAACGCGCGGCUUCAACGGCAGCUUCUUGGCGCGCCCCAGCAAAUCGAACCCGGGCGACUUCACACUCUCAGUCAGACGAAAUGACGAGGUCACUCACAUCAAGAUCCAGAACACGGGCGACUUUUACGACCUGUACGGCGGCGAAAAGUUCGCCACGCUCUCGGAGCUGAUCCAGUUCUACAUGGAGAAACAGGGCCAGCUCAAGGAGAAAAACGGCGAGGUCAUCGAGCUUCGGCACCCGCUCAACUGCGCCGACCCGACCACGGAGAGGUGGUUCCACGGUCACUUGCCGGGCCGGGAAGCCGAGAAACUGAUGAACGAGAAGGGCAAGAACGGCAGUUUUCUGGUGCGCGAGUCUCUCAGUAAGCCGGGCGACUACGUGCUGUCCGUGCGCAUCGACGACAGGACCUCCCACGUGAUGAUACGGUGUCAGGACGGCAAGUAUGACGUGGGUGGCGGGACGCGGUUCGACAGUCUGGCAGAGCUGGUGGACAACUACAAGAAGAACCCGAUGGUGGAGACCACCGGCACCGUGGUCCACCUCAAGAUGCCCUUCAACGCCACGCGCAUCAACGCCAGCGGCAUCGACAACCGCGUCAAGGAGCUGCAGAAGGAGCACGGUCCGUCGAACGGCAACAACGCCGGCUUCUGGGAGGAGUUCGAGUCGCUUCAGCAGCAGGAGUGCAAACACCUCUACAGCAGGAAGGAGGGCCAGCGACCGGAGAGCCGCAACAAGAACCGCUACAAGAACAUCCUGCCGUUUGACCACACGCGUGUCAUACUGCGCGACCGAGAGGCGCUGGGACCGGGUGCCGACUACAUCAACGCCAACUUCAUCACGCCGGAGGAGGACUCGCUGGCGGGCGAGGCGCCCAGCAAGACGUACAUCGCCACCCAGGGCUGCCUGCCGACCACCAUCGCCGACCUCUGGUGGAUGGUCUGGCAGGAGAACUCGCGCGUCAUCGUCAUGACCACCAAGGAGAUCGAGCGCAGUCGGGGUAAGUGCGCCCGGUACUGGCCCGAGGUGGAGCAGGAGGCCACAUACGGCAGCGUGACCGUCACCAACCUGUCCGAGUCGCCGCUGGUCGACUACACGCUGCGCGCCUUCAGCGUCAAAAAGAAGGGCUGCCCAGAGGAGCGCAAAAUCUACCACUUCCACUUCCGGGCGUGGCCGGACCACGGGGUGCCCACGGACCCGGGCUGCGUGCUCAACUUCCUGCAUGACGUCAACUCUCAGCAGGCCAGCAUCCCGGACGCCGGACCGAUCGUGGUGCACUGCUCGGCCGGCAUCGGUCGGACGGGCACCUUCAUCGUCAUCGACAUGAUCCUCAGCCAGAUCGACCGGCAAGGUCUGGACACGGAGAUCGACAUCCAGCGUACGAUCCAGCGGGUGCGCUCCCAGCGCUCCGGUAUGGUGCAGACCGAGGCGCAGUACAAGUUCGUCUACCUGGCCGUCCAGUACUAUAUCGAGACGCUCCAGCUCAAACUGCAGGCCGAACAGGUGAGUCAGAAGAUGGGCCGCGAGUACACCAACAUCCGCUACUCGACGGAGGCGGCCGGCGCGCCGGGCGCCGAGCCGCGCGACGGCCGGGCGCUCUCGCGCUCUACCGUGUCCCUGCCGACCAGUCCGUCACCGGUGCCGACGACGCCGCUCUCGGCGCCGGCCGACCGGCACAUGGCCAGCCGGGCCGCCUCCGAGAACCAGCUCACCAGGUCGCCGGAGCUGCCCGACUUUCCGCACCAGAUAUACGCCAACGUGCCGCUGGGCGGCGGCAAGGAGCGGCCGGCCGGGCCGCCGCCGUUCGGAGCGCCGCGGCCGCCCAAGUCGUGAUGGCGCGCCGCCGCCGGCGUCCUGUGAUACGCGCGCCCGGCCGCCCCCGCCUCCGCCCCCGCCCGAGACCCGCCGUCGGCGCCGGCCGGCCGGCGACCGACCCGUCUUUCUGCGCGCCGCGCCGGCGGCCGUCCCGGGCCGGCUCUGUCGGCGGCGCGGCCGCCCGCCGCUGAUUGUGUACCGUGUCGUUGUUCUGUGAUAUACCGAGUAUCUCGGCUCGCGCGCGCGCGCCGGCCGUGUCGUUUGGUUGGCUGUGUUCGGUUUUGUUGGGCCGCGGCCCCUCGCCUCUCCUCCGCCGCUCUGUCGCGCUCUCCGUGCUCUGUCCCCGUCUCGGGUCGGCCGCGACCGCCGGCAGUUUUCUGUCUGCGUUCGUGACUGUUGGCCGAUGUCCGAGCAUACUGAUAGUGUAUUUUGAUAGGUGAAUCGUUUUCCUUUUCCGGCGGUAUUCGCAAUCACUGUGGACGACCUACCGCGGGGUCCGAUUCGGUCUAUCAGAGUCGGUGCGCUGGAACUAGCGUACCCUUAUCCGCGCCUGUUAUUUCCGUGCUGUAUUUCUGCACUUGAUGAGGACGAGUCUUUACGCUCCUGAUUUGCUGUAGCGGUGGCUUGUUACGUCUGUUGUUUCCGUUGGGUGGCGAGCGGCCCUGUCGUGUUGUGUUCUCCUCUCCUCCUGGCGGUGGACCUGUGAAGCCUUGGUUCGGUCUGAGGCGGCGCCGGGCGACUGAACUCUGCGGCAGCCGCGCCAGGCCGGGCCCUCUGGUGGCGGCCUGCCCCCUCCCCUCCGAGACCCCCACCCCGGCCCCAUCCCAGCGAACCCAUAGAGCACGGCCAACCGCUGAGAGGCGCCGGCAGUGUUACGACCCCGGGCGGCGCCACCGGCCGCCCGCGUCAUUACCUAGGUCUUUGACGAGACGUGCGCGCGCACGCCAACGAAAUGUCGAUUUCUUUUUUACUCUGUAGCAUAUUUGAAGGAGUGAUUGGCUGGAAAUAUAACUAGCGGCGAGCGUGCGGAACGUGGAA